CCCCAUAGCCAACCCCCUUCUCCUUCCCCACUUUCUCAAUCUCUUUUUUUUUUCUUUCUUUCAUAUUUUUAAUACGAGCCUAAAGCUAGACACAAAUUAUGCAAUCAUAUUCAACCCACUUUUAGUUUUUAAAUUUUCAUUUUUGGUUAGUUGGGUUUUCUUUUGUAAUAAUACUAAUAAACACUAAUAUUCUCUCUUGGCCAAAAUUGAAAAAGAAAAAGAAAAAAAAAGCUUAAAUUUUUCAUUCAAUGGAGAAUGACUUUUUUCUAAAUGCUGGACUCACCAUACCCAAUAACUGGCAAUCAACAACGACUGUGUCUGUGUCUGGUCCUCUCGAAAUUCAACCCAUGGAGCUCAAUUGUUCAUCGGAGCAAUCCCCGGAGUACGGCUUUUACAACAAUAACAACAACCCCACUUGGGAAAAGUCAACGGUCGAACAAGGUAUGCAGUUUGACUCUGCUCUAAGCUCAAUGGUCUCAUCUCCUGUGGCUUCCAACUCCAACAUCUCAAACGACAGCUUUGUCAUCAGAGAAUUGAUCGGAAAACUCGGUAACAUAGGAAAUUCCGGCGAGAUCUCACCGCAUUCCCAGAAUUUCAUGACUGCAACUCCGGCGCCGGCGAAUCCCUACAUUGCCGGAAAUAGAAGUUCUAACACGUCGUGUUACAGUACACCAAUGAAUUCACCACAGAAAUUGAAGUUGGAAAAAUUGCCCAGUAUGGGAAAAUCCAUGGCUGUGAAUUCCACGGUGGCUGAAUUGUCCGCCGACCCUGGUUUUGCAGAAAGAGCAGCUAGAUUUUCGUGCUUUGGGAGUAGAAGCUUUAAUGGCAGAACGACCCAAUUGGGUUUGAACAAUAAUUCAGAGUUUAGAUCUAAUAACAACAACAACAACAACAACCCAUUAAUAGGACAUGGGAAACUCUCGAGGGUUUCGAGUAGUCCUUCCCUUAAGGCACUUGAAAAACAAAAUUCACCAUUAUUAUUACAGGAACGAACAACAGCAAAUUCUCAAGAUGAGUCAACAGUUUCAGAGCAAAACCCAAAUGGCGAAAUGGGUUGUUUGAGACCACCACCUUCCAAUGAGCUUAAUUCCCGGAAAAGAAAAGCUAAUCCAAAGGGAGGAAAAUCCAAAGACCCAUCUACCAAGGGUCUUGAGAUAAACGACAACUUAAAUUCAAAACGCAACAAGCAAACUGAAGUUAGUAAUGGAAACGACAAAAGUUCACCAAAACCAGAGGAAGAGACUAAUAAUGAUAAACAAGCCAAGAAUAAUAGCCCAAAGCCACCGGAGCCACCGAAGGAUUAUAUUCAUGUUAGAGCAAGAAGGGGUCAAGCUACUGAUAGUCAUAGUCUUGCUGAAAGGGUUCGAAGAGAGAAAAUUAGUGAAAGAAUGAAGCUUCUUCAAGAUCUUGUUCCUGGUUGUAACAAGGUCACCGGAAAAGCACUUAUGCUUGAUGAAAUUAUAAACUACGUUCAAUCAUUACAACGCCAAGUUGAGUUUCUUUCUAUGAAGUUGUCUUCUGUGAAUACCAGGCUGGACACCAACAUGGAGACUCUAAUGUCAAAAGAUAUAUUUCAACCAAACAGCUCAAUAUUCCCAUUAGAUUCCUCGGCACAAUCCAUUUAUGGUCACCAACAAAAUUCAGUACUUCAUGGGGGCAUUUCUAGUGGGCCCAUGGCCCAUAACUUAAUGGACCCAUUAGAUCAUACUACUUUAUGCCAAAGCCUUGGCAUGCAAUUACCCCAACUCAAUGGAUUUUCUGAACUUAUUUCUCAGUAUCCACAAUUUGGUGAGGAUGACCUGCACACCAUUGUUCAGAUGGGUUUUGGACAAAAUCAGACAACAGAUGGAUCUUUGCAGCCACAGAGCCUUAAUGGUCCAAAUCAAGUGUCUCAUAUGAAAGUUGAGCUGUGAUCAACAACAUCAAACUGUAAAUAGAAGAGUUAAUCUGGACCGUCCGAUGAACAACUAAAGCCUUUUUUUUUUGUACUUAUAUUAUUUUCUUGGCAUUAAGCCACAUUUAUCUUUUAGCUCUAUAAAAGAGCACCAUUUUUUUGUUGUAUCCUUAUGUUAUUAUCUUUCUUGAUGUAAUUUUUUUUCUAUUAUUUUUAAGGGAAUUUUAUUAUUAUUAUUAUUAUUACCAAGAUGUAAAAUCUCAUUAUGUAAUUUUUGGUGCAUUAUUAUAGAGCACCAGUUGUAAGAUAGACUACUAAAUUGCUAAUUAAUUAAUUAGAAGAAGAAGAAAAGAAGAGUUAUUUUUCUAAUCAAAA